GAGACCCACAUAUAUUCUAUAAAUUUUCAAAUCAAACAUCGUAAAUAUCCACUUAAAAAAGGGAACAUGAGAAAACUUACACUUAAGUCAUUCUAAGAAAUCUGUGUCUUCAUGUGGACGUCCCUCUUUAGUUUCUUCUCCCACUUUUGCAGUCCCUUCUCCUUCAGUAUAUAUAUAUAUAUAUCCACUUCAUGUUCAUAACCAAUUCAGUGUGUGUGUGUUUGGAGUCAAGAGUCGCCUCAUGGCCAAACAAAUGAAACACCAACAGUUCCAAUGCUGCUAUAAGAACUGGGUGGCUCAGCAACAGCUCGAUCUGGACGAAUUACUCCAAACACUCACCAACUACCCAACCGACGUCGACUACCUCCAACUCAUAACCAAAAAAAUCGUCUCCCACUUCGAGAACUACAACAACUCUCGAGCCGAACUAGCCAAACACGAUGGGCCUUCCUUUUUGGCUCCAAGCUGGGGGAGCACUUUCGAGAACUCGUUUCUUUGGAUCGGUGGUUGUAGACCAGCUUUAAUGAUUCGGCUCGUGUAUGCACUAUGUGGGUCCCACCUAAAUACACACUUGGAAGAGUUUCUUGAAGGAGUUCGACAUGGAAACAUCGGAGAAAUAUCAAGCUUGCAGCUCAAAAGAAUAGAUGAACUUCAUGCUAAAACGAUUAAAGAGGAAGAUAAGCUGUCGUCAUAUAUGGCAACCUUACAGGAGAAGAUAGCGGGUGAGCCAUUGGUGUUGCUCGCAAGUGGGUGUAAGGGGGAAGGGGAGUCGAGCGAGGGUGAGGUGGUGGAUAAAGCGAUGGACACACAUGCCCUUGAUCUUUAUAACGUUUUGUUGGAAGCAGAUAAGCUGAGGAUGAAGACACUUAAGGGUAUUUUAGAGUUUUUAACACCAUUGCAGGCGGUGGAGUUUCUGGUGGCAGCGAAGAAAUUACACCUUUCUUUACAUGAGUGGAGCACGAGAAGGGAUACAAGAAUGGGGAUUACUCAACUACUUGGUGGUAAUAAUCCGUCAUCCUCCGGUGACCCACCACCGGAGACGUGAAUGGCAAUGUAUCGUUUUUUCGUGCUUUUUUCUUUAUGUUCGUUUGGCGGCUACGGUGGUGCUCUUUUAAUUUCUCGACCGCCAUGUGAUGUUAAGACGUUAGUUUUCGGCUUUCUUUAAACAGCGGCGGCUGUGUAAUAAAUAAAAAGUUUCUUUACUUUUUU